AUGGGUCAAGUAAUGAAGUGUGAAAUUUGUCAGGAACAAGAAGCAAAGUAUAAAUGUCCCAAUUGUGGCAUUAGAUAUUGUUCUCUAAAAUGUUACAAGGAUCCUCAAAAACAUAAUCAUUCGAAUGCAAACAAUACAGAUAAUUCAGAUGAAAAUAAAGAAACUCAAAAAAUUGAAAGCAAUGACUCUAUUCUACAGGUAACUUCUGUCACCAAAGAAGACCAGUUGCAACUUCAAACUCCAGAAUUAAACGCGAUUUACCAAAAUACACCCGUACUUAAGGAUUUAUUAAAAUAUAAUACAGUUAAGUUUCAUUUAGAUAAAGUAUAUAAGAUACUGGGAAGUAAUGUCAAUGGUGGUGGUCAGGAUAAUAUUAAUAUGAGUAAAGACAUGCAAAGACAAUUAGCUAUAGAUUACUUAAACACAUUAAGGUAUGGGGGUGUUCAUUAUAAUGAGGCAAUUGAAGAAUUUUGUCAAAUAUUUUUACAAUUAUUAGAAGGACAUUAG